UUUUUUUGAACUAAAAAAAAUCAAACUGUAAGACCAACACAACUACGCGAUGAGUUUGAGUAAACUUUUUGCUGGUAGGAAGAGGAAUAGUUCAGUAUGGAAAUGGUUUAAAUACGAUGCGUCAUCCGACAAAUCAGUAUGUUUAGUUUUACUUGAUGGUGAAAAAGUAUGCAAUACAAAGUUGUGUGGAAAGAAACCAACAAAUCUUAAACUACAUUUAGCAAGAAACCAUAAGUCUGUACACGUUGAGCUGGAAGAGUCGGAAUUAAAGAAAUUAAGUGAAAAAAAGCAAACAGGGAUAAAGAGAAAAGCAGUGGAUGAAAAUGGACCCACUCUUUUAGAAUCGUCCUCAAAUCAGAACCAGACCUUGAUUCAAUGCAUUAAUCGUAGGAAUACCGCAUGGCCUAUUAAUUCACACGAGCAUAAAAUUCGACUAAACUCUCUUAUUCAAAUGAUAAUUGCAACAUGUAAUCCAGUGACAUUGGUGGAUAAUGCGAGUUUUAGAAAGUUAGUUAACACCUUGGAUUAUAAAUUUUCAUUGCCUGCUUCUGCCAAAAUUACUAGCCUACUUAAUGAAGAAUUUACUGUUUUAACGAGAAAACUUCGUGACUUCAUAUCUGAAGGCUGGCGCUUCACAAUAUGCCUUGAUGGCUGGACUAAAAAAGGUCUUACUGCGUCCUUUUUAGGAAUUUCGGUUUGUUUUUUUUCACUUCAAAUCCGAAAAACCAAUACAUGCUCUGCUUAA